UUACUUUCUAUGGGAGUGAUUUCUCUCCCAAGCACAAAUACUAGGUUAAGAAACGGAUCGAGGUGCACGAGCAGUGUCUCUUUAAACAAUUUGACGUCACUGGUAGUGUACGUUCACAGCAAACAUGGCGUCGGGAAAUGGACUUGCUUCUCUGGGGGUUGAUGGAGCCAUGUCAGCGGCCCACGCGCUGUCUCUUCCAGCCGAUCAAUAUGGAAACGACCAACAGUUGGAGGUGAUGUGGGCGAUGAAAGCCUACAACCACGCCGAGGUCUAUUUCAAUCUCAUCUCAUCCGUCGACCCCAAGUUCCUGAAGCUUACGAAGGUGGAUGACAUGAUCUACACAUCCUUCAAAGAAUCAUUCAGUGACCUCAACAUCCAAUUGCUGAAUCCUGAUGAUUUGAAAUCGGCAGAAGCCAAAGAGAGAUGGCGUCCGUUCUGCAACCAGUUUGACGGUGUUGUGGAGGACUUCAACUACGGAACUCUUCUCCGCCUGGACUGUGAGAGGGACUACACAGAAGAGAACACCAUAUUUGCGACCAGGAUCCAGUUCUUUGCCAUCGAGAUUGCCCGGAACAGAGAGGGCUUCAACAGCCCAGUGUUUGAGGUCAAGAAUCCCAAGAGCUAGCCCUCCUCUCGGACUCAAGAACCCCCACACCCCUGGAGCUGCCUCAGCAGCCGAGCAGGGACACACCCUCAGACGUGAUCCAGUCCCCCGCCCCCCCCACCCCACACUCUUUUGCCCGAAGUUUGUUCCUUUAUCCCUCCCUCCAGUUUGACGUGAAGAACUGAGGUGAACGAAAUGUGGAGGUAAAGCUCCAUCCAAUGCCAGUAAAAGCAUGGUUAAAUUGCCCAGGGUAGUAAACAAGUGCACGAUUCGACCGUCGUGUCGGAUUGGGAAGGUAUGAUUCGAUUAUUUAACAGGUGACCCUGCCUUUUCCCGAGGAACUCGUGGCCUACAGCUGCACUGGUGUGUGUGUGUGUGUAUACAAAUCGACAUCAAGCAUGUUUUAUGUACUUAAUUUAUAUGCCGGUCAUAUCCUUGAGUUUUUUUUUUGAACAACUUUUAUGAAUUAAGCCACUUCGUACCGUCAAGGUUGUAGGUUAGUGAUGUGAUGCCCAUGUGUGCUGACCCCUGUUAAAUUGAAAUAUGUACGUUUCUGUUUUAAGCAAUUAAAAUCUCCAUGAUAUCUUUA